CAGAGGCUGGGCACAGACUAAAGCAUCCAUUUUCCUAUCCUCCUCCGUUCGAUACACUCCAUUAACACACACUGCUGAAAACGAAGCAGCGACGACGACUACCCUCCUCCACUACUACUCCGGCCACAUAUUUCUUCUCCUCCUCUUCUGAAGCUUCCUCUUUGACGAUUGCGGCCGCUCCUCCAUGCCCGUUUGAGCCCGCUCCAUGGCUUCUUCCGCUGCUUCCUCUCUCCGAACCGAGGACAUCCACGCGGCCAUCGCUAAGGCCGCGGAGCUGCGGUCGUUGCAUGCGUCGCUGGUCCAAAGGAUCCAACUUGGUAGCCCAGCCACCUUCGCUCCGCCCGCCGGCGCUUCCCCUUCACAUCUUCCCCGCCGCUCCAAUCUGCUUCCCUCCGCCGGCGAAGAUUACCCCAUCUUCGCGGCCAAAAAGAUCGAUCUCUCAAAGUAACGAAGAUGAAUCGUGGCGGAGUCAUCGAUGUAUCAUCGGUCCCGAAAGCCGAAGCUUUUCGGAAACAUGGAGAGCCAUCAAGCUCGGACAGGGGAAGAUUGAUGAAGCAGUGAGUGCAGGCAGAAGCGAACACUACUCCACUCCAUGUAGCGAGCACAGCUUCAGGAAUGAGCAGCUGUCGAAGAGGAUCUCGUGUUCGAAUGCUGUUUCGAGUGCUUCUCUCAUCCAAACAGCUCGCAGGUCUCCCAACAUCAGUAUAGAAUCUGGAAGCGAACACAAUUACUCGAAGAAGCUGAAAAACAUGAACCUUUUGCAUGAUUCGGAGCCACAGCCACGGGGGUGCUCGAGACGCCGAGGGCGGCGCAUUCUGUCAUGGCUGUUUUCUCGGCCGAAACCGAAAUCCAGGCCAGAGAUGUCGCCGGACGCAACGCAAUCCAAUGAAAAGGGGGUAGUUCUGGAUGAUUGGGGAUCAUUUUCGUUUGAGUCGCUUAAGAAGGAGGUGCAUGAGGCCAACAGGAAGAGGGGAGCUGCGGUCGAUCAAGUCUCGGAAAUGAGAUCUUCGAUCGGCGAUAUGCAACAGAAGCUAGCCCACCUAGAAGCACACUGCGAAGAGCUUAAGCAAGCAUUGAAGCAGGCAAAGCUUGGCAAGCAACAGCAGCUUUUGAGCACUCCUAGUUUGUCAGUGAUACCGAAAUGUAAUGGCGGAGCGGCCGCGAACAAAUCCAAAUCGACGAUGCCGGUGAGCCAUGAAGCAAUGGCAGAAGGCUUCAUUCAGCUGCUAUCCGAGUCGAGGCUCUCCAUCAAUCAACUUUGCAAGACGCUGCUGAUGCUCCAACCCCUUCAAGUGGCAAUCAGCAGUGCUAGCCAUUCCAAAUUGUUGAUGCACCAUGUCGAAGCUCUCGUGAACCAGUCUCUCUACCAGGACUUCGAGAACUGUGUGUUCCAGCAGAAUGGAUCUCCAAAGUUCCUCGACCCGCGGCAAAAUCGUCAGGCGAACUUUGCGGCGUUCGUCGCGAUGAGGAACUUGAGCUGGAACGAAGUGCUGCGGAAGGGGAGCAAGUGUUACGAUGAGGAGUUCAGCAGAUUUUGUGAUAGGAAGAUGAGCGGCAUUGCUGCUUUGCUGAAUUGGCCGAGACCUUGGCCGGAGCAACUACUCGGAUGCUUCUUUGUCGCCGCCAAGUGCGUCUGGUUGCUCCACCAGCUUGCAUUUUCGUUCAGCCCGCCAUUGGCGAUCUUGCGAGUCGUCGAGGGCCAAAACUUCGAUCCGAUUUACAUGCAGGACGUGUCGGUAGAUCGAAAGGGAACAAGAACCGCAGUUUAUGUCAAGAUCAUGGUCAUGCCGGGAUUCUACGUUCAAGAUAGGGUCAUCAAGUGUAGAGUUCUUUGCAAACACUAGUGGAUCGUUUUUGGUGUGGUUUGUGCUUCUUCUUCCGUUGUCUGUUGAAAUUGUCGAUCCGACGUUCGAACCUGAAUUUGUGUUCUUCUUCAAGUAAAUUUCUGAAUCAAAUAAGCAACUGUAAUUUCCAUCUAACCAAUGAUUAAGUGAGAUUUUGAAA